ACUAAACAGCAAUAAUAACAGUGUUGACUUAUGAUUUUGAGUUGAGUGGUGUUUUGCCCUAACCUAAACCUCAAGCAUUGGCAGGCAGUGGAAAUGGAGCAGCGGUUAGCAAACACAUGGAGAAUGCCUCUUAACGACAAGAAAUUCAUAGAAACUGCUCUCCUUUCCGACCUCCGACUCGACGGCCGUCGCCCCUCCGACUACCGCAAGCUCACCGUCAAGCUGGCCAAGCAAGACGGCUCCGCGGAGGUUCAUUUGGGCCAAACCCACGUUAUGACCUUCGUCACCGCCCAACUCGUCCGCCCCUACCGAGACCGCCCCAACGAGGGCUCCCUCUCCAUCUUCACCGAGUUCUCUCCCAUGGCCGACCCCUCCUUCGACCCCGGCCGCCCCUCCGACGCCGCCGUCGAGCUCGGCCGUGUCGUGGACCGUGGCCUCCGCGAAAGCCGUGCCAUCGACACUGAAUCGCUCUGCGUCCUCUCCGGCAAACUCGUCUGGGCCAUUCGCGUCGAUAUCCACAUACUCGACAAUGCCGGAAAUCUCGUCGACGCUGCAAAUAUCGCCGCGUUGGCUUCUCUGUUGACUUUCCGGCGGCCGGAAUGCUCGUUGGCCGGAGAAGACGGGCAGGAUGUGGUGGUGCAUCCUCCCGAGGAGCGCGACCCGAUUCCGUUGAUUAUUCAUCAUCUUCCCAUUGCUGUUACCUUUGGAUUUUUCAGCAAUGAAAAUCUCCUCGUGAUAGAUCCGACGCACCAUGAAGAGUGUGUGAUGACAGGCCGCAUGACUGCCACGCUUAAUUCAAACGGCGACGUUUGUGCAAUUCAAAAGCCUGGGGGAGAGAGUGUCUCUCAUAGCGUUAUCAUGCACUGCUUGAAACUUGCUCAUGUUAAAGCUACUGAUAUUACAACUAAGAUUAGGGAUGCCGUUGAAAUACACAACAAUGAAAGGGCUUUACGGAAGAUUAAACGCCAUUCUUCGUCUGUUGCUGUGGAUGUAUGUGGGGAAAAACAAAAUCAAUUGGAUGCUAGUCAUUUGGACAAAUUGAAGCUGGAAGAAGAAGAAGAAAGUCCUAUGGAAUGUGAAGCCUCACCAUCAGGACAAGAGCAAAGUAAGGAUGGAGUCUCAAAGAAUUUCACCGGUGGUCCCUCGAGUUGGGAUCCCUACUCAGAGUGUGUCAAUUCAGAUCUUCUAAAAGCUUCUCUAGCUUCACGCGGACCGUCAGUUCCUAGUAAACAAAAGGAUUCAAGACGUGAAACUAAGCCCAAGGAACCACCACUGGAAAUUAAGACAGAUUCUACACCAAUUAACAAGGCUCUAACUGCUGGGCAGAAUAACAAAGGUAAGACUCUCAAGGAUGCCGUCAAGCCCAAACACAAGAAGAAGAAAAUAGUAUCUUCCAAUAAUGAAAAUUAAAUGAUUAAAUUAGUUCUUUGUUGACUUAUUACCUCUCACCUUCUAAGCUUGUGUUCGUAUACCUGUUGCAACGGGGAAGUGAAUUGCAAAUGUUCCCAUUUUUGAGAAGCAACGAUUUCUUGUGUUUGUAUACUCGUUUAGGGCAUUCCAAAUAGAGAAACAAACAUGCACACUAAGUUGUCUGAACUGUUAGGCUGUAUUUCUGUUUCCUCUUGGAUGUGAUAGAUAGGAUGUUGGAAACAUUAGAUGGACAAUGGAGUCUCAAUUAUUUUUCCGUGAUAGAAACUCCUGAGAUAAUAUUCUAUAUAAGACUUUUUUUGGUACUUGAAAAGUUCCUUCA